GGUUCAAAGUGUCAUUUUGCUGUGACGUUGCGGGUAAUUGGUCACCGGUACAGUACCAUCAGCUUUCAGUCUCGCAACGAAUCAUGGCACAACACACUAUCCGUCCGGUUAAAUGACCAUCCAGCGGCGGCAAUACAAGCAAGCUGUCAAUUUCACGAGAAUGCAACGCAUCUCUCACCUUCAUAACACCAGCUUGUCUUUCACGGUCCAUCUUGCUCCCGUAAACAAAUCACUUCAGCGACUCUUACUAUGCGGUCCCAUCUCACCCUCCAUCUCACCCUCCUCAUCCUCCCCACCCUUUCCCUAUCCUCACAGACGUCCGAGCCCUCACAAUGCGCCUCCCCAGCCCCUAGCCGCCCUUUGCACAGUCACCUGACCGAUAUAACGGCGCCAUCCUGCCUCGACUCCCACAUCUCCCCCUCCCAGCCUUCCGCCUGGCAUCCCUGGACACACCAACCGUACUGCAUCCCCGCCUCCGACACGCCCUGGUGCGUCUUUACCGACGCCGCACACGGUAUCAGCGUGAUCACCACGCCGGAAGAGGCCGCCGACGCACUGCACCCGCACACCCACUUAGUAUUCGGUGAUGAUGAUGAUGAUGAUGAGCUCCUGUUAUUUUUUGAGCCGGACAAAGUCAUGAAACCGCGGCCGUACGAGGUGCGCGAGAUACCGGGAAAAGGCAAAGGUGCGGUCGCGACGCGGAGGAUUGAGAAGGGGAAGGUGAUGCUUGUGGACACGGUUAGUGUGUUGGCGGCGGUGGAGUACCCUGCCGAUGUGCUGCGGGAGGAGGUGCAGGAUUUGUUGAGGGUCGCGGCGGAGCGGUUGGGGGAGCCCGGGAGGGUGACGGGGUUGGCGAAGCAGGGUGUUAAGGGGAGGGUAAUGGGGAGGAGGAGGAGUGGUGGGACGGAGGAACAUGAACAGGAACAGGAAGGGGAAGAUGAAGAAGAAGAGGAUGGGGUGCAGGAAAUGAGUGAAAUGGAGGAUGUCAUGCUGACGAAUAGCUUUGGGGUUACCGUGGGCGGCAAGGAGUAUAUGGGCUUGUUUGCGGACUUGGCGAGAUUCAAUCAUGCCUGCAAGCCAAAUGCGUUUAUCCACUUUUCGGAGACGAAACUUGCCAUGACCGUUUGGUCAGCCCAGGACAUAGAACCUGGCGAGGAGAUUACUAUCAGCUACGCAAACGCUGGGAUGACCUCGCAGGAACGGCAGCAGCUUUUGGAGCAAAUCUGGGGGUUCCAGUGCCAAUGCUCUCUGUGCACGGCAUCGCCAGCCGCCCGCAAUGCGUCAGAUUCCCGCCGCAUCGAGAUCCGGCACUUGCAGGACGAAGUAGUCUCACUUGCCCAGAACGGAGAAUUCGACACAGCCAUCGAGCAGGCCGAGCGUUUGUUCAGCCUCGUGGAUGAAGAAGGCCUGACAGAGCAAAUGAGCGGCAUGUACGAGGUUCCAGCCCGGCUCUACUACCACGUCGGGAAUCUCGAGAAGGCGCUGCAGUACACGCUGAAGGUCAGGCACGAGAUCGAUGGAUAUGCAGUACCUAGCAAGCAGGGCCGGGAGAAGCUCGAGAUGCUAGACGGGGUUAUUGCGCGCAUUGAGCGAGAGCUAAGGGAAAAGAGGGAAGGUAGCUAAAAGUAAGAUCCAGAUAAGGGAUUAGGAAUAGGGAGCAAUACCACACGGCAGAGGUGAAGAGGUGAAGGGAGUAUCGAUGCACUCCUGGGCUUCCCCUAUGCCUUUCACCGACUCAUUGUGGCAGUUUUACGGAGGCACCUUAGCCCUUAGCUGGACGUUGAAUCAAGCCC